GGCUUCCGUCUGUUGAACUCAGCCCAGCGGCGUGUGGCAGCAGAGGCAGAGCGCUUUGGCAGCAACGACCUACCCAACGGGUCACUCCGCUGUCAGGACACCGCCGCGUUGCACAUUUUAAAAGCCCCAGUCCGCCGUCGUUCGCGGAGCCGAGACUCGGACGCACUCACUUGUUUUUGUUGGUCGUCAACAGCCCGCGGGUAUCACACGUUAACCGAGCUAACCGGUCAUUAGCAAGUGAUGAGCAGGGGCCUGUUUCUCCUGGAUGCCCAGCUGAGGUUACUGACAGGGCACGCCGCUUAACAGCAACCCGGAGACUCCUCCGUCGGCCCGUGAAGUGUCUAGCCGCACCGCGAGGCUCCAGACCCGGCCGUUAGUUUUGGACCCGAGACUACAUGCUUAGCGCCGUGCGCGGUGGACACACUAGCUAGCUAGCUAACGUUCGGCGGGCAGGUCCGGCGCACGAGCAGCCAGCGACUCACACACACACAAACACACACUCACACACACACACACACACACACACACACACUCCGGGUCUUCCGCCUCACAGUCCGUCUGUGCGAUGGGUCUCCUGUCACAGGGCUCUCCGCUGAACUGGGAAGAAACCAAGAGGUACGCCGACCACAUCCGAAGGCACGGCAUCCUCCAGUUCCUCAACAUCUACAACAAGGUGAAGGAUCGGCACAGGGACGUGCUGAAGUGGGGCGACGAGGUCGAGUACAUGCUGUUGGAACUGGAUGAGACGGAUGAGAAGGUUCGACUUGUUCUGAACGGUGGAGAGGUUUUGGACACUCUCCAAGACCAGGGUGAAAAGAUAAACCCCAAUCACCCAACGCUCUGGAGACCAGAGUAUGCCAGCUACAUGAUCGAAGGAACUCCAGGGCAGCCGUACGGUGGCACCAUGUCCGAGUUCAACACUGUGGAGGGCAACAUGGGGAAGAGACGACGGGAGGCCUCCUCUGUCCUGAGCCAGAACGAAACCAUCUGCACCAUCACCUCAUUCCCGAGGUUAGGUUGCCCAGGUUUCACCAUGCCGGAGCACCGGCCGACUCCUGUGGAGAAGGGAGUGUCAAAGUCACUGUUUUUCCCCGAUGAAGCCAUCAACAGACACCCGAGAUUCAGCACCCUUACCAGAAACAUACGUCACAGAAGAGGAGAGAAAGUCGUGAUUAAUGUGCCAAUUUUCAAAGACAAGUGCACCCCAUCUCCGUUUGUUGAGGAGUUUCCUGAGGAUGACGGUGAAGCAGAGCGGGCGGCUCUGCCCGAUCAUAUCUACAUGGACGCCAUGGGCUUUGGCAUGGGCAACUGCUGCCUGCAGGUUACAUUCCAGGCUUGCAGCAUCGACGAGGCAAGGUACCUCUACGACCAGCUUGCAACCUUCUGCCCCAUCGUGAUGGCGCUGAGUGCAGCCGCCCCCUUCUACAGAGGCUAUGUUUCAGAUAAUGACUGUCGCUGGGGAGUUAUUUCCGCCUCGGUGGACGACAGGACACAGGAGGAGCGCGGCCUGAAGCCUUUGAAAAACAACAAAUACAGGAUCUUCAAGUCAAGAUAUGACUCCAUUGACAGCUACCUGUCUAGCUGUGGCGAGAAGUACAAUGACAUUGAUUUGACGAUAGACAAGGAGAUCUACGAGCAGCUGCUCAGUGCAGGAAUUGACAAGCUGCUGGCCCAACACAUAGCACACCUCUUCAUCCGAGAUCCGCUCUCCGUCUUCAAUGAGAAAAUACACUUGGAUGACGAGAACGAGUCGGAUCACUUCGAGAACCUCCAGUCGACCAACUGGCAGACGAUGAGGUUUAAACUUCCACCUCCGAACUCUGACAUCGGCUGGAGAGUCGAGUUUCGCCCCAUGGAGGUCCAGCUAACCGACUUUGAAAACGCUGCAUACGUGGUCUUUGUCGUGCUGCUCACCAGAGUGAUCUUAUCGUACAAACUUGACUUCCUAAUCCCCUUGUCAAAGGUUGACGAAAACAUGAAAGUCGCACAGAAGAGGAAUGCAGUCCAGGAGGGCAUGUUCUACUUCCGAAAGGACAUCUUUAAAGGCUGCAACACAGUCCUCGAAGGCACCUCUUCUACCCAGAACGGCUUGGAGACCGAUGGCGCCAAUGAGGAGUACACGCUCAUGAGCAUUGACACCAUCAUCAAUGGAAAGGAGGGAGUGUUUCAGGGGCUUAUCCCGAUCCUUAACUGCUAUCUGGAAAACAUGGAAGUCGACGUUGACACCAGGUGCACCAUUUUGAAUUAUCUGAAGCUCAUCAAGAAACGUGCCUCAGGCGAGCUCAUGACCAUGGCCAAGUGGAUGAGGGAGUUUGUCGCGAAGCACCCGCAUUACAAGCAGGACAGCAUCAUAACCGACAAGAUCAACUACGAUCUGUUCCGCAAGUGCGACCGGAUUGCAAAAGGCGAAGAGCAAUGCCCGGAGCUCAUUGGAAACCCAGUAAACAAGUUCAAAUGAGGAAGGCAGUAUAAAUGUCAUCAAAUCAUCUUUAAAAACCUGCAUGUAAAGCGAGACCAAAUGUGUGGCUCCGAACAUAAGCGGUCCAAGCGUAAGAGAAUGCAAUGACUGUGUGUUAGAUAAAAAAACACACCUGCAUCAAAUGUUUGUAAAUAUACUGUUUCAGAUUUUUAUGAUUACAAAAUUAUUUUAAUAGGGUUAAGAAAUACAAAAGGUUGUGUAAUAGAAAUCAGAUGUGUAUUUAUUUUUCUCUGGAAAUUAAGCCUGAAAUUCAGUGUGUGUGUGUGUAAGGAUGUAAAUGUAGCAAAGGGUUGUACAGUGGUCUGCUUUUAGUCUUGUGUUCUGUAAAUACUGUAUCCUUGCUCUUUACAAAAUUAACACCAUGUGCUUCUUUUUUCUGGGGAUGAGCUUUCUUCGCAUUUGGUAGAGAUUUUUUCACGUUUUUUCUGCUUGGCUGAUAUUGUAGUGGGACCUCGGCAGUAUGUUGCCUCAAAUUGGAAAUUGUGAACCAUUGUUCGCAAUGAGAUGCUGCUUCAAAAAUAAAUAUGUACAACACUAA